AUGGAUUGCAACGCCACCCCCAACUACUUCCCGAAAUUCCUCACCCUCCCUCUCGAAAUCCGCGAGCUCAUCUACAGCUUUGCCCUCCGCGCCGAUAGACCAAUCGCGCCACUCCUCUGCCAUACCUCCAACGGCAAUCAUGUAAAGUUUCACCAUAACGACCCUCUGCCCGCUAAUCAUGGCUCUAUCGGCGCCCUCUUCGGCGUCACACGCGCCAGUAAGAAACUGCGUGCCGAAUCCUUCGACAUCUUCUACACCGCAAAUACCUUUUUCGUCGAUAGGGAAACCAUGACGUAUUUCUCGCGGCUGGAAUAUCUGGGGCGGUUCCACUUGGUGAGGCAUGUGCAGUUCAAUAUGGACCGCUUGAAGGUACAUAGGGUUCCGGGGAUGCUGAGGUGCAUGAAUACGUUUCUCAAAGAAGCAGAUGUGUAUGAAAGGCAGUUGGGAGAGGGCAGACAUGUGGGGGAGUCUGCAGAGACCUUGAGGGCGCAUCCGCAGUGGAAGUUUUGUGGAGUGGCGCGUUUGAAUCCGCUUAUCACGUUGAGGAAGUUGGCCGAGUUGAGAGAGGAGAAUACGACUACGACUACGGCUUCGACGACCACAACUCCAAACCUCCGAGUCGUCCUUCCGCUGCCCUCCUCCGCCCUGAAGACCCACCCAAACCUAACCUACUUCCCCCUCAUCCUCUCCAGCCUCGGAAUCUCCCUCCACACAGUCUCUAACCCCUCUCUCCCCGACCCUAAGCCUACCCCCUUCUACGCAACCUACAUGCACAAUCCCCCUUGCCCCAUCCACACCUAUACCUGGCACCAGUUCUACCAAAAGAAGGAUUUCGCCCCAUCGACAAUACCGUACGUCAGCCCAUUAGGUCCAGACGGCCAGACAGUCGCGUAUAGGAGUGCGUUGGCGUUGAAUCCGCAGCUCGAGCAGGAGAGUAGACCCAGAAAGUGUAUUUUCAGCAGGUCGAGGUGUGGAGGGGGCUUGUUGGAAUGGGUGGACGUAUGGACGGAGGGUGGGGGUAUUAUGGGGGAUGCGUGGUUUUGA